CUUUGAUGAUAUCAAAACAAUGGUUUCCAUUGUAUUACUAGUUUUAUUUCUUCUUACAACACCAUGUCAUGGCAAUUUUCAAGACUUUGCUACAUGCAUGACUCUUCACUCUAUUUCAAGUGUUCACUCCCAAGGAUCUCUUUCAUAUAUAUAUCUUCUACAAGCAGCUGAACAAAAUCCAAGAUGGCUAAACUCAACAUCACUACUUAAGCCAUCAUACAUAGUAACACCAAAGACACAAAAUGAAAUCCAAUUAGCCAUUCGUUGUAGCAAGAAGCAUGGUUUACAAGUUAGAAUAAAGAGUGGAGGUCAUGAUUAUGAAGGCCUAUCUUUUCUUUGCAAAACCCCUUUUGUAAUUCUUGAUUUAGUCAAUUUUCGAUCGAUUAGCAUCAACUUAGAAAAUGAAACUGCUUGGAUUCAAGCUGGUGCAACAAUUGGAGAAUUUUACUAUAACAUACCCAAGAAAAGUGACAUUCUUGGAUUUCCUUCUGGCCUAUGUCCAAGUGUUGGUGUUGGUGGGCUCUUUAGUGGAGGUGGCAUUGGCACUAUGAUGAGAAAAUAUGGGCUCUCUGCUGAUAAUAUAAUAGAUGCCAAUCUGGUUGAUGCCAAUGGUAGAAUCCUUAAUAGAGAAACAAUGGGAGAUGAUGUAUUUUGGGCAAUUAGAGGUGGUGGAGGAGCUAGUUUUGGAGUAAUAACAGCCUGGAAAGUGAAGCUGGUUCACGUUCCACCCCUUGUCACAGUUUUCACAAUUCACAAGAGUUUAAACCAAGAAGGUUUCAAACUUGUCCAUAAAUGGCAACAUUUAGCUAGUAAACUACCCGAGAAUCUCUUCAUUCGAGUCAUUAUUCAACAAAUCGAUGGACCUGAUAGUCAUGGAAACGCGAAGCCAGUGGAACUCUUGUUCAAUUCCCUCUUUUUAGGACUGAAAACUGACCUGGUUUCUAUCAUGAACAAGAGUUUCCCUGAAUUGGGCUUGAAAAUGGAAGAUUGCGCGGAGAUGAGCUGGAUAAAGUCUGUUCUCUACUUCACAGGCUACGAAAAAGGGGAGCCAUUAGAAGUCCUGUUGGAUAGGAAAACACAAUACAAGAGCAACUUCAAGGGAAAGUCAGAUUUCGUCGUUGAACCAAUCCCAGAAGGUGUUUUCCAGGGGAUCUCAGAGAGGUUUUUCCACCAAAAGUUGGCUUUCAUGAUAUUGGAUCCUUUAGGUGGGAAAAUGGAUGAAAUUUCUGAAUCUGAAAUACCAUUUCCUCAUAGGAAAGGGAACCUAUACAACAUACAAUACAUAGUGAAAUGGGAUUCAAAUGAUAUGUUGGCAUCCCAACAGCCCUUGUAUUGGAUGCAAAGGCUUUACAAAUACAUGGAACCAUAUGUGUCCAAGUCACCAAGAACUGCUUAUAUCAAUUAUAGGGAUCUUGAUUUGGGAAUAAAUCAGCAGGGAAAUUACUCAAGUUAUCGACAAGCUCUGACUUGGGGUACGAAGUACUUCAAAGGUAACUUUCCAAGAUUGGUAAGAGCUAAGCAUCAGAUUGAUCCAAGCGACUUUUUCACAAAUGAACAAAGUAUUCCUCCUCUUUCUUGUUAGUACAAAGGAAACCUAAAACUAAUGUGAGUUCCCAGUUUCCCUAUAACAGUUUACAUCUUAUCGUUCAGCUAAAAAACAAAAUAGAACUGUUCAACUCCCUCUAAAGUUAACUAGAAAAUCACUGAGAACUAUGAAAAUGGUCACUGCUUGAAGAGCAUAUUUGCCAAUACAAAAACUACUUUCAGUUCAAGCAGUCAUAAAUGUAAGUCAUGCAAAAGAUUACUUGUCAGUCCUGCAUUCUAAGAAUGAAAAUUAAUAUAUGAAAUCAAAAUGCUGAAGUAGAAAGAUUGAGAGAAAAUACUGCCUUUUCAUAGCUCGAGUUGCAUUUCUACCCCACGAGCUUUUACACAGGAUGGUAUCUGGAUGCCCUUCUGCUCUAGCCUGUGUUGCUAGAUGGAUCAAAAUUGCCUAUGCUAAAAUAGCCAAACACUCAGAUAUUACAAUCUAAGUAGAGGCUCCAAAUUAGAAUUAAUACCUGAUAUCGAUCCAGGGUCGUUCCUGCCACAUAUUGGAAGCACUGGUAGAGUACCUUCUAUCUUUUGCUUGAAGGGAUAAUCAGACCCAAAAGCACAUAACUUUACAAAAUUAUUUUUCAAAUGAAGAGUGACAAAGUCCCAAUCCAGGCUGUUUGCUCUUAAAGUUUAAGUCAGAAACCUGCAUUGCAGGAUAAUCUUAUCAGUAAAGAGAACAUCCGGGCAGUCGUGUGCAUGAAUUUGCAAGAAGGAG